AAAAAAAGAAGAAACCAGGCGGGGGAAAAAGUUGUUGUCAAGUUUUUGACAGCAGGGUUGAAAGUGUCGGUGCAAAGAGCGACAGUUAGCGGCAGCUCGGAGCGGGAAGAUGGCGCGGCGCUGCGGCUGUGCCACGUCUCGGUUAACUGAGGCGCAGCAAAAAUACCAUCGAAAGAAAGCAGCUACGGGUGUUUUGUUGUGUUUUUAUCUUCUUUUUCUUUCCUCUGCGGAGGCUGAACUAUACACAGCUUCCGACCAGCUCGUGAUAUUAACUCCGGAAAGUGUGAAGUCGGUUUUGGUGAACUCCACAGCUGCUAUGGUCGUGGAGUUUUACGCUUCGUGGUGCGGACACUGUAUCUCCUUUUCACCAAUUUACAAAAGGCUGGCCAGUGAUAUCAAAGAGUGGAAGCCAGCUGUGAACCUAGCAGCUGUAGACUGUGCUUCAGAGGAGAACAGGAAGGUCUGCACUGACUACGCAAUCAGAGGAUAUCCAACUAUAAAGUUCUUCCAUGCCUACUCCAAACCUGAUUCUCAAGGAGAGGAUUUUAAAGCUUUUCCCCGUGAUGUUCGUGGUCUUCGUCACAUAAUCAUAGACAAACUGGAAGCUCAUGAUGAGCCCUGGCCCCCUGCAUGCCCCCCACUGGAGCCCACCAGCCAAGCUGAGAUUGACGUCUUUUUUGAAACCAACACUGUCCAACACCUGGCACUGAUCUUUGAAGAUGAUGAAUCUUACAUCGGCCGAGAGGUAACCUUGGACCUGCUGCAGUUUGAGAACAUUGCUGUGAGGAGGAUCUUGAGUACUGAGAACGGUCUGGUGACCAAGCUGGGAGUGAGGGAGUUUCCAUCCUGCUACCUCUAUUAUCCUGGAGGCAACUUUACCAGACUCAGGGUCAACAUAGAGGCACGCACUUUCUACUCUUACGCCCUCCAGAGGCUGCCAGGGGUGGUGCGGUCAGGGAAGCCUCCACCUGUCUCCACAGGAAUACUGACCAACAGAACAGAGGAGCCCUGGAGAUCAUUCAACAGUUCCAGGGUGUAUAUGGCAGAUCUGGAGUCGACCCUCCACUAUUCCCUGCGUGUGGAAUUGUCUUCACAUACUGUUAUUCAAGGAGACGCCCUGAAUUCGCUCAAGAAAUACAUCUCUGUUCUGGCAAAGUACUUCCCAGGCCGUCCUGUGGUAAAGAAUCUGUUGAAGUAUUUAAACUCCUGGCUGCAGAGACAGACUUCAGAUCACAUUUCCUAUGAGGCAUUUCAAGAGAUAUUGGAUAACACAGCACAGCUUGAUGACACGGCAUUGCCUGAAGGCGUGAGGUGGGUGGGCUGCCAGGGUUCACAACCCCACUUCAGACGUUAUCCAUGUGGGGUGUGGACUCUCUUCCAUGUUCUCACUGUCCAAGCCAAGAACACCGGAAGUUCAGAUUGUCUGGAGGUUCUUAGUUCGAUGAGAAACUACAUCCACAACUUCUUUGGCUGCAGACAUUGUGCUGAACACUUUGAGAACAUGGCAAGAGAAGGUCUGCAGGGGGUUGAUUCGGUGUCAGCUGCAGUCCUGUGGCUGUGGUCCAGGCACAAUAUCGUCAAUAACAGAAUAGCAGGUGCAUUGAGUGAAGACCCCCUCUUCCCAAAGAUCCAAUGGCCUCCACCAGAAAUGUGCUCAGCUUGCCACACAGUGAAGGAGUACGGGGAGCACAAAUGGAACAAGGAGCAGGUUCUGUCCUUCCUCCUGUCCCACUUCAACUCCAGCAGUAUCCUUACAGACUACCUUGAGGAUGAAAGCCAGAUUCUGGAAAAACAAAGGGAGAGACACGCCCGCCGGCUCGAGGAGUUGGAAGCUAUGAAACCUGAAGGGAGGAAAGUCAGGGAUGUCUCGAACUUCAUUGUGGUUACUCCAUCAUCACUAUCCCCUGUGCAGGAAGAGGAAGAGGAGGAAGAGGAACCACAAGAUGAAGCAGCGGCAUAUGAUGAAGAAGAAGGUGGGGAGGGUGCCCCAGCAGCAGCUAUUGAGAUGGAGGGUAAGUCAUCUGAACCGACAACCUGGACCAAACCUGAAAUGGAAGUGGGUCACAACCGGCGUCAGGUUCACAAGAAACCAAGCAUAGUGGGAAUGAGGAUGCGAGAGCAGAAAGAGGACAUUGUGGAUCUUGAUUCAUUUGUUAACCAGCACUUCAAAGCCAAAGCUCUGCAGCUGGCUGCUUCCAGCCGGGUUAAACAGCGCACCCUGCAGAGGCAGAGGGAGGUGGAGCAGGAGCCCAGGCAUGUAUACAGACUCGGCAUGGAGCUGGACGCAGGGUUCGGCAUGGUGGGCCUGCAACCUUUGGAUGCAGACCUUGAUCUGGAUAUGGGGCAGCAGAAAAAGCGGCUGCUGAAGCGAGACCUAACAGGCCAGAACUUUGAAAGGGAUGUUGAGCUGAACCACAAGGCGCGCUGGAUGUCCAUGUUGAAUAUUGGCUUCUCAAAAUUGGACAUUAGCCUGUGUGUCAUUCUGUACUUCCUGUCCUCCAUGUGUCUUUUAGGCAUGUACCUAUUCUUCAAAAACCGCCUUAGGCGACGGCGGGUUAAAAUAGCUUUGCCCUGAACCAAAAAUGUAUGUAAAUUCCACAUCUCACUUUCACUGUGUUCAUAUCAGCAAAGUCUGGAGACACUUUCAAAAGGUGUUGUAACAAUGGAAGAAAAAGUAGGUGACAAUAUGUUCUGACAUGAACAUCAUUGAGGGUGUUAUGUCCAUGUGGAAAGGAGGAAAAGGGAGAUUAUGAUGGUUUUUUUUUUUUUUUUUUUUUUUUUUUUUUUUGCUUUUUGUUUUUAUCUAAUCUUGUAGUUCAUCUGCCCUCCAGAGCUUUUCAAGCAGCAAUUUAACUGUGAAAAAUAUGUGCACAUAGAUGUAUAUAUAUCCAUGAAUUCCUUUGAAUUUCUCUUUGUUCUGCACUUAGGGGUAAUUAGCUGUGCUCUCUGACUGUUUCACCACUGAUGAAGGAUAAAAUCAAACCCACUAUGAGCGGAAAGUAUUUGUUUAAUUUGUUAAGUGAAUGCAACAGUUUUGUGUUGUUUUUCUGCUUUGCUGAAAGUCUUCUGCCUAAAUUCACGUUUGUGUUUUAUAGUAGAGUGAGGACUUUGUAAUGCUAGUUCUCAAGUACUACAAAAACAAAAAUUUUAAUUUCAGUAAGGAUUUUUAUGUAUUUCCCUAAGUUAAAAUCAAAAGUUGAUUCGACUGCCACCCUUUCAGCCAGGAAAACUGGUGCUAAAAGUUGGUCUUUUUAUAAUAUCGCUGAAUAUCACAUCACACUGCUGAAUGCACAUCAUACUUUGGUUGUUGAUUAAAAACUGGAGUGAUGAAUAUGUUCACACUGGAUACAGUUUUAGGAUAAACGAGACAUGUUUUUGGGGGCUUGGCCAUGAUGAAUAACUUCUGUUGAUCAUGUCAAAACAUUUUUCUGUUUGCCUACAUCUGGCCCAAUAAAAUUAUUUUUGAUAA